CGGCAAUGAGAUUGUUAUGGUUACAGCGCCAAUAUGGCGACUAAAAACAUUGCGGCGUAGAGAUUUUUACAUUAAACUAAGAUAGCGUUUAAUUUUCAGUGUAAUUCAUCCACAAACAAGGAAUCAGCCUGUUGUGAAAAAUGUCAGCCAACAGACGCCGCUUGCGUAACACAAGUGGCAAAUUGUCAGUAAGCAGUAUGCCGUUGGGUCCAUUUGGUGAGGUUGUGGGUACAACCGGAACCUUGGAGGCCAUUGGAAUAGACAACAAUGCUUAUAAGAGCAAGGUUGUCGCUCCACGAAAUCCAAAAUUACUCAAACUUGGAGAAGAUGAAGGGUUUAAGAUGACACCUAGCAAGUACAUGUUUGACAUGCAGAUGAACACAGAGCAGAAAUUAGCUAACACUCACACAAUGAAAGUUCCGAGGAAAAUCGAACUUCUUGACAUGGCUGACACAAGUCUUCAAAAGAAAAGAUCUUUCUCUCAAGGGGAACCAGCUGAUUCUUUACUUACACUGGUAUCCAGCCAUUUUUCACAAGUAAAUAUUGAUGAGCCUAUGUUCCAGCCAUUUCCAUCAGAGAUUUUCUUCCAAAAAUUUGAACCAUUUGAGACAUAUGAGGUUCCACUUGUACUAAGAAAUAAUGAUAAGGUGCCUCGUUUAGUUAAAGUGACACAGGCAGACUCGCCCUAUUUCAAGAUAAUCAGCCCUCAUGAUGUCGGACACAAAGUCGGUCCUGGCCUGCCUACAACAUUCAGGCUUCAGUUUACACCAGAUGAAAUCAAGGAUUACAUGCACGAGCUUGUGUGCAUCACAGAAAGAGAAAAGUUUAUUGUUCCCGUCCGAGCUAUCGGUGCACGUGCCGUGCUUGACUUUCCAGAUGAGAUAAAUUUCCCGAUAGGUCCAGUGAAAUACUCAAACACAAAAACGUUGUUGAUCAGAAAUAUUGGCAACAGAGAAGCCAAAUUUACCAUCAAAUGUGGAAAGCCAUUUUCUGUGACACCAGAAAUCGGUACCCUGGCUGUGAACGACAGUAUGCAGGUUACGAUUGAAUUUAUCCCGGACAAGGUCGGUGAUCAUAAACAAGAUCUUGUAGUGCAUUACGACACUGGUGAAGACAUUUAUAUCAGCUUAUACGGUGCUGCUCAAGAUGCUAACGUGCGAUUGGACAAAAACUCUCUCCGUAUCGAGAACACAUUUAUAUCAAUGGCCAAUCAGAGAACUGUUACUAUUAGCAACAGGACAGAUGUGUUAGCUCGGUUCAGAUGGACCCAGUUUGCUACAAAAGAAGAAGAAGAUCAACAGAAAUACAAAAUCACAGCGUCUCUGGAAGAAGAGGAAAAGACAGAUUCAGAUAGAUUCCUGGAAGAAUGUAUACAAGAUCCUACCUUAAGGGAUAAACUCUCAAUUCUCAGCAGAACAUUCAAAAAUAGAAAACAGCUGAUACAGAAUGAUGACAUGCUGUUUAAUGAUGAUGUUGUCAAAGUCGAACCAUCUGAAGGCGACAUUUGGCCAAAUUCUAGUGUUGAAGUAAAUAUCAUUUUCAAACCAAGGGAGGCAAAAAGUUACAGUAGAACUGCCUUCUGUGAUGUCACAGGCAGAGAGAGUCGUCUCCCUUUAAGAAUAAAAGGAGAUGGUAUUGGACCAAAAGUUCAUUUUUCACUAGAAACCCUUGAUAUGGGAAACAUUUUUAUUGGAUCGAAACAUUAUUACGAGAUAGUGAUGGCAAACAAAGGGGAUAUAGAUGCUAUUUAUAGCGUGAUACCAAAUCAGUCAGUUUUCGGGCCGUGUUUCCAGUUUAAUCCGGCAGAGGGUAUAGUAAUGCCUGGUGGACACCAAGCUAUACAAGUGUCAUUCAAAAGUCCAUACCUGGGAGAUUUUGAAGAGGAAUUCUCAUUCCAAGUUGAUGGUCAACCAGAAUUGCUCAAAGUACUUUUCACCGGUUCUGUGAUAGGCCCAACAUUCCAGUUUGAUGUUCCACGUCUGAAAUUUGGAUCUGUUUCAUUUGGAUUUUUGAACACCAAGAGUUGUACUCUGACAAAUACGUCCCUCGUGCCAAUGAAGUUUAACCUCCGUGUGCCUGGUGACGGGACCACGGACAGCGUUUGUGGCACAAGUGAUCUGGACAGUGCACGUAGUGACAUGGCUACUACUCCAUCAUUAGCCCUAGGAUCAGGUCAACCGAGGGAAUUUGAGAUAAUUCCCUCAUCCGGAAGUAUUCCUCCACAGAGCGAGAUAAAAGUGACGGUGAAUUUUAUCUCAAAUACAAUUAAGAAGUAUGAGAUGAACCUGGUGGUGGAUGUGGAAAGUGUAGGAGAAGAAAUCGUUUCCCUGCCAAUUACUGCCAAGUGCAUUGUACCACUGAUUACAGUGUUAAGUCCAAUCCUGGAUUAUGGACGAUGCUUUCUUAGACAUCCAUAUGAACAUAGCAUCAAGCUUCACAAUGACUCAGAUCUCCCGGCGAAAUAUGAACUGGUGCAACAAGUUGUAUCUGCAGAGACACCUAUCACUUACAAGAGUCCUCAACCAAAGGGUAUUGUAGACCCUCAUUCAGUGUUGGACGUCCCGUUGAUCAUUGAGGCUCAGACCCUCGAGGAACAAGACAUUGUGGCACAGAUUGCCAUAUUUGGAAGCCCUGACCCUCCAAUGCCUGUGCAUAUUGCCUGUAUAGGAGAGGGACCAGUUGUGCAUGUGAUGCCACUAGAGCUAGACUGGGGUACAAUCCCUGUGCUACAAGCCAAACCCAAAAAGAUCCUCCUGUCCAACGAAUCUCUCAUACCAGCAAAGUUCACAGCUAAUAUGAUGAGACAAAAGUCGGUGUACAGUGUAGAACCGGCAGAAUGGGGAGAAAUUCCACCAGAGAAGAGCAUAGAAAUAACAGUUACAGCCUGUCCUGAUGACAGUGUUAGAUUUCACGACAAACUUCAGCUUAGUUUUCUAGAGAGCCAGGUUAGACAUAUUCCUCUAGUUUGCUACGGACACGGAACAACCAUAGUGUCUGACCCUCCUCUUACACCACACCUAGAUCUUGGGCCAAACUUCAGGUAA